AUGUCGCCCCCCGACUACAACGACGGGGACUGCUGGUACGCGUGCCCGCCGCUCGACGGUGGUUCGAGCGCCGCCAGCACCUACCACGUACGAGGCGCUCCAGGCGCGGUGAUAUCCGCGCAGGCCGUCGCGGACUGCUUCUACAUCCACCCAACCACUGCGCUGCAAGGCCUGGGCAACGCCGAGUGGUCAGACGACGGCUCGAUUCCUGGCUGGCUUGCCUCCGACAUUGUGAGGCGGCAGGCAUCUUGCUUCAACAACUGCGCGCGCAUCUUUGCGCCGCGCUAUCGACAAGCGCGCGUCUCCAACUACCACUGUUUCGAGGGCGAGGUGGAUCCUCACUCCGGCUCUAAGCUGCCCGUCUACCACCAGCAGCCCGUCGGAAGCGCGGCCUUCGACAUGGCUUACUCAGACGUGCGCGCUGCGUUCCUGCACUUCAUCGACCACUUCAAUAGCGGGAGGCCAUUCAUCGUCGCCGGACAUAGCCAGGGCUCGCAGCUGCUUGUCCGCCUGCUCCGCGAGCUGGAGGGUGGGAGUCACCGCGACUGCCUCAGCCGCCUCGUCAUCGCCUACCUUCCAGGCUGCCAGUGCGGCGCCGACAGUCUGCACGAACUGCCAAUGGGCACUCACGCGGAGCAGGUGGGGUGUUGGGUUUCAUGGGCGACGGUUGGUCACGGUACGACGACCACCAUUGCGACGGGGCGGCGACGGCACGGCUACGUCGACGCGAGCGUCGUCACCGAGGGCCCACCGCUCAGCGUAAACCCCAUCACGUGGAUGGCGAGCGAGGCGUUGGCGGCGGCGGGCGAGCAGUGGAGCGCCCCCGAGGUGCACCGCGGGGCGUUGGUCGACGGGGUUCUGCAUCCGCACACGCUGAGCACCAUGUGCACGCCCGAGGGGCUGGUCGCUGCCCAAGUCGCCAGCGCGUCGCCGGCGCACGCAGGAGGCCCGCCGCGAGCCGCCGUCGGAUCGCUCGUGCUGGCUGGCGACCUGCACGUGCACGACUACAGCCUGUUCUGGCUCGAUGUGCGAGAGAAUGCGCAGCUGCGCGUCCGGCAGUGGGAGGCAGCCCGAGCUAAGGUAAGGUAA